AUGAUCAAGGAGUACCAUCCCUACUACAUAGCCUACGAAGAGCUCAAAAAGGCCCUCAAGACCGAUUUCGUCACCCAGCCUACCCCCGAAAACACCAAGCCCGCCCGCAAGGAUUGGUCCGAGGAUUAUGAGACAAACUUCGUUGCCUUGCUUGAGAGCGAGCUCGAGAAGGUGUUUACCUUCCAGAAGCGCAAGAGCGAGGAGAUCGUGGAACGCAUCCAGGACAGUGAGAUCGACGUCAAUGAUGUGGUCUCCCGGCUGGACGGCUCCGCCGACACGCGCCGCCAAAGUAGCCGGUCUUUGCGGCCUCAGCCGACUGAUGCCGACUUCCUUAUGCUCGAGCAGGUGCUAAGUGACAUUAUUGCCGAUGUGCAUGACCUGGCCAAAUUCACCCAGCUGAAUUACACGGGGUUUCAGAAAAUAAUCAAGAAGCAUGAUGUGGGUGACAUUGACUUCACAUUCACACGAAGCUAUCGUGAGACAAUCCUAACAUCCAAACAGAAAGAGACAAAAUGGUACCUUAGACCCGUCUUUGCCGCUCGUCUCAAUGCCAAGCCCUUUUUCAAGGACAAUUACGAUGCUUUUGUGGUCAAGCUCUCGAAGCUCUAUGAUCUGGUCCGUACCAAGGGCAACCCAAUCAAGGGUGAUGCCGCCGCCGGUGGUGGCCAGCAGAACUUUGUGCGACAAACGACCAAGUACUGGGUCCACCGGGACAACAUCACCGAGCUGAAGCUGGUCAUUCUUAAACACCUGCCCGUGCUGGUGUUUAAUGCCAGCAAGGAGUUCGAAGAAACGGACAAUGCCAUCUCCUCCAUUUACUACGACAACCCCGACACCUGGGAGUUGUAUCAGGGACGUCUGAAGAAGACUGAGGGUGCAGAGGCCAUACGUCUACGGUGGUACGGUGGGAUGGAAAGCGACCAGAUUUUCGUGGAACGGAAAACUCAUCGCGAGGACUGGACGGGAGAGAAGUCGGUCAAGGCCCGCUUUUCUCUUAAGGAGAAAAAUGUCAACGCCUACCUGGAUGGCCGCAUGACGGUGGAGCAGAUUUUCGACAAGAUGCGCAAAGAGGGCAAAAAGAGCAAAGAUGAGAUUGAUGAUCUAGAGCAAUUGGCUCGCGAGGUUCAGUAUCGGGUCAUCACCCGGCGUCUGGUUCCGGUUACCCGUACCUUUUACCAUCGUACCGCAUUCCAGCUCCCGGGCGAUGCACGAGUGCGGAUUUCACUCGACACAGAGCUGACCAUGGUUCGUGAGGAUAACUUGGACGGCCGGCAGCGGGCCGGAAAGAACUGGCGCCGGAUGGAUAUCGGGGUGGACUAUCCCUUCUCGCAGCUCCCACCGGAGGACAUUGACCGAUUUCCCUAUGCCGUGCUGGAGGUGAAGCUGCAAACCCAAGCAGGCCAGGAGCCUCCGCAGUGGAUCCGGGACCUGACGGCGAGUCACCUAGUAGAGGCGGUGCCCAAAUUCAGCAAGUUCAUCCACGGUACGGCCACGAUGUUCCCUAGCCGCAUUAAACUGCUUCCUUUCUGGAUGCCGCAGAUGGACGUCGACAUCCGCAAGCCUGUGACGCGCAAGUACGGCAUUCAUCGACCACUGGCUAGUACGUCGAUCUCUGCCAACGAUGAUGACUCGGACGACGAUGAAACCCCGGGCGCGGAGGAAGAAGCUGCGAACGGCUUGCCGGGUGACGCGCACCCACCACAACAUGUGUUGUUUCCUGAUCCCGGUAGUAAUGAGCUGGAUGUCGAGGAGCGGAUUGCGGCACAGCCGCUGCCUGGCGACGAAGAUUACCCAUUAUAUGAUUCAGACGAUGAAUCGGUGGACUCAGACGAGUUAGAAGAGGCGCGUCGAGUGGGCGGUGUCUACUACGCGGAGCAACUCGCCAAGCACUAUGUACGGCGCGCGGGCUCUGCCUUUGUGAACGGUCUUCUGGCACUGGUUCCACGUCCACGUCCCACGACACUCCCUCCUGCAGAACAGCGUGGGAUCGCUGUUCUGGGCGAACGGCGUACCUUCCAAAAGUUCAAAGCUCCUCCAGGCAAACGUAUCUUCGUGCCGGUCCGUGUCGAGCCCAAAGUAUACUUUGCCGCCGAACGCACCUUUCUAUCCUGGCUGGAAUUCUCCAUCAUCGUUGGUGGCAUCGCCGCCACUCUCCUGAAUUUCGGGGCCGAUUCCGCAACCCUAGCAUCGUCUUGGGCAUUCACCGUCCUGGCCGCUCUCUCUCUGGUCUAUAGUCUCUUCCUUUAUAUUUGGCGCGUCGACAAGAUCCGCAAGCGCCGCGACGUCAAGCGCGUGUAUUAUGAGAAAUGGGGUCCGACGGUGGUUGGCGUCGGAUUGGUCGCUGUGAUCCUGGUCAAUUUUGGUUUGCGUGUCCGCGCCGGCGGCUUCAUGGCCCCUGGCUCGGGCAAGGAUGAUACUGGUCGUCAUGGUGGCGAGUUGUAA